AUGAGCGAAGUCAUGCAACUUGUUCCGCUUCAAAUUGAUGAGGUUCACUAUCAACCAUCAGUCCUCACUCUAAUUGACCGAUGUUUUCAGCCAUUUCAAGGUCUUUCUGGUCAAUUCUCUUUUCUUGGCUACGUCAUGCAUGCUUAUCAUCUGUCCCCAACCUACAUGAGUCUUGGCCUGAAGAAUGUCGCAGUCUUGCAGAUGGGCUCCUAUGACAAGUGGGAUUGUUGGGCAUCACAAAUGACACUACAUGGUGGUGCCGCAAUUCUCGAGAAUACUAGGACCCCUUAUUGUGGGGCCAGCACACAAAUGAAACUUGUGCCCAUGUGGAUGCUUCAUGAGUUGCACGACUUUCAGUUCUCCCCUGCAAUGUUCCCAUAUGGAUUCCCUCCUCCCAUCAAGCCUUCAGAGGAGUUUCCUUGGCAGCACUCUGGUCAGAUUACUCGGCAGUCACUCCCUGAGCCAUUGUUUCAUAACACGUUGCUCUACCUGCUGCUGGAUUUUGACUAUGAUCCUUCCAUAUUUGACGUAACUACGGCGUCAACUUUUUCUGGCGCACUUACACCUGCUUUGGAGGAAGAAGGUGACGGUUCCUCAAAUGCUGUGAUCCUGCCUGUUGGUCAUUCCUUCGAUGGGACACAACCUUUUCACAAGGACCUCCAUUGGAGGCAAAUUGUACGAGAGGAUCCACUAGACAGUCAUCAGAGGACAACAUAUAAAAAUUGGUUGGCGCAGUCACCUUGGGGGCGCCCAUACAAGUUGGCAAGAUACCUUUAUAUAGGGUAUUUGUUGGUCGGCCUGCCUGCCAACCCCUUCAAUAUACCUUCAGAAGUGUCGAGGCAGUUGAUAACAACCUGUUUCUUGAAAGCUCUGGUUUUCGACAAUCAAACAUAUGAAUCAUUAAGUAAUGAGAAAUUGAGGAUUGAUGACAGAGCUGGGAAGGAGAUUCUCAUAGAUUGGUUAUAUAUACGCAAUAGAUUAGUAGACUGCCACAAUGACUUUACUUCUGAGCUAUGUAAAGUUGCCAGAGGUAGCAUGAAUGUAACAGAUGGGUUCGUGGCCUACAAGAACCAGCGGAAACAGAAGCCUUGA